AGCGGAAUCGCGGAAGCCGGAAGGUCAGACCGAUACGAUUUGCGGGCUUCGGCGGCGCGUGAGCACGGGCAAAAGGAAACAUCGAUUAGAAUUCUGAAAAGUGGAAAAUGAUUGCGCCUAAUACGUAUACUGUACGUAUUCCUGGGUGGGCCCCUUGGAAUCGGAGGCCCGGGGCGGCCGCCCCUCUCGCCCCCUCCCCCCCUAGGGCCGGGCCUGACACUAGUACACACUCCACUAUUGCCUACUAUUCACUACCACGACCAGCUCCUCCUCCCUCACUGUGUAUUCACCUCCAUGCACAAUUGCUCGACCACCAAAUCCUCUCGCCAUCGAUUGAUUCGAUUCUACGAUCCGCUAGCAGCCUAGAUGAUGGCGGCGAGGUUACAAGCAUCUCUGCUCGCCGUCGCGGUCAUCGCGGCGGCGGCGGCGGUGUUCGCGACGCCGGCGUCCGGCGCCAACUACACCGUCGGCGCGCCUGGGGGCUCCUGGGACCUGCGGACCGACCUCGCCGACUGGGCGUCCUCCAUCGACUUCCGCCCGGGCGACCAGCUCGUGUUCAGCUACGACGCGUCGGCGCACGACGAGGUGGAGGCGACCCGGGAAGGAUACCGCUCCUGCUCGGUGGCAAGCCCGGUCUCCGCCGCGCUCCGCACCGGCAGCGACGCCGUCGAGCUCGGCGGCAACGGGUGGCGCUACUUCUUCAUCUGCGGUGUGCAGGGGCACUGCGCCGCCGGGAUGAAGCUGCAGGUCAGGGUCAGCGACGCCGAGUGCACCUGGACGAUGCCGCCGCCGGCCCCGCCCGGCGCGCCGUCGGGCAUCAAUCUCUGCCCUGGCGGCCCGCCGACGGUCAUCAUGACCCCUGGCGUCAUCUCACACGGCUCCGGCGCGGCGCCGGUGUCUUCAGCCAGCCUCACCUCUCUACUUGUCACCAUGGUGUCUCUGCUGCUUGUUGGCCCCAUCAUUUGUCUAGCUGAUCCUUUCAUUCAUGGCACAGUUGAACAUACACUCUUUCAACAGCGUGAUCAUCUAUGUUUGGUGGAACAUUUGGAAGGAACGAAAUCAUUAUAUUUUUCCAUCAACACUAUUGGUGGUUAUGGAUGUUUCCUCGCCCACAAAAGAAGACAUUAUUCAAAAAAAAGAACGUGCCAUGCUGUCCUUUUUGUGUAUUUGGCACUCGUAGUUUUUUGUGUUGGGGCCUUGGGGGUUUCAUCACUGCCAAAGGUCUUUGGUGUGUUUCUUUUAAAAAAAGAUCUUUGGCGUGUGAUUUGUGGUUCUAAUCUUAAACUCUAUUUCCCAUCUUAAUGAAGGGCAGAGCUCCUGCCAAUUUGGUUAAAAAAAACAGUUGAACAUACAUGGGGUGUUUGGUUCCUGGACGUAAUUCGCCACAGCUGAA